AUGAUUCAAGCAGAACCAUUUCUUGAUACUCAAAUAUGCGAUUCAGACCUUGGCUUACACAACAAUAACUUAAACUAUAACUGGGCCAAAGAAAGCAAAGAAUGGUAUUCUAAGCUUUUUGACACAAGUACCUUUAUUCAGAGAGCAUAUAAUGAAAGUAUUAUUAGUGAUGAAACUGACAAUUCUAUCGAUCGUAUAAUUGACUACAAAACCCUAAAUGAGAAACAACAAAUAAUUCUAGAAAGGAUAGAAUAUAUAGCUGCAACUGGAAAGUCUUAUCUUAUUAAAGCAGCCCAGUAUAGACUUAAUAAAAUUAAUUUUGAACAACUUCUAUCAGUUUGUGAUCUACCUAUGUAUGCGCAAAAUUUUCAUUAUUCUAAUGCUUUAUCUAAAGAUGGUCGUAUGAUUUAUUUUCAAUUUCAUGAUCUCUACAAACUUAAUAAUAUACAAUGCCAAGCAGGCAACUUAGAGGAACAAUACCAAUUUAGAUUCCUUUUACUAUGCCUUCGUGAUGGUGAUUCUACAUGCCAAUUACAUUCUACCGAAGUCAACAAAGUCAAUAUUGAAAAACUAGAAUCAUUAUAUCAUCCUAUUGCCAAAAUAUAUGCUGUUCAUAGUGAUAAUCAUAAGGCUCCAAAGACUGAUUCUGAUAUUGCAAGGGGCCUAAAAGCUGAACUAUUACUCACUAAAGGAGCAAGGAUAAUGCUUACUGCAAAUCUCUGA